AUAGUCCAUUGCAUUCGGAGAACAAGUACCUGCUCAAUUCGCAUGCACCGCCCCCUCCAUCUCCACUGCUUGCUGAAUUGCGCCCAUCUCCAUUCAUUUUGAUUAUCCUCUCCACCAUUCCAUCCAUUUGUAUCGUUCACAUCAGAGAUGGCCGCCCAGACGCACAGCGCCGUGGACUCGCUGCUGGGCAUCCUGUCCAGGGCGAUCACAAACGAGGCGAAGCUUCUCGGUGCCGUGCACGGCGAUGUGCAGUUCAUCAAGGACGAGAUGGACAGCAUGAACGGCUUCCUGCUGCACCUGACCAAGACUGAUAGCGAGCACGACGACCAGCUCCGUGCAUGGAUGAAGCAGGUGCGGGACAUCGCUUACAUCGCCGAGGACUGCAUCGAGAUCUACCUGCGGGACAUGGCCCCGCCUGACGGUGACAGCGGCGGCCUCUGGGCCUCCUUGCGCCACCUCCCCGUCCUCCUCUGGACGGCGCCCGCGUGCCACCGCCUCGCCGCAAAGAUCCGCGAGCUCAAGGUCCGCGUGCGCGACGUCGGCGAGAGGCGGCUGCGCUACGGCGUCACCGUCCCUGGCACAACGGAUGUCAAGCGGACGACUAAGCCGCCUGGCCAAGACAACAGGAACGAAGAGAAGAUGAGGGACGAUUUUCUACGUGCCCUAGAAGAAGAAGUCACGGCCAUGAAAAUGUCCCUUACAAGUAUGAGUGAGGCCUCCAUUUGUCAAUCUUUCAGCAAAGCGAUUGACUUGCUUCCUCCUGAUCUUCCAUCUGAAGCUGAUGCCACGAUACGUCCUAUUCUGGAGAAAUGUUCGCCCGGUGAUGUCGAAUUCAAGUGCAGGACCAUGUUCCUUCGUGCUUUGUUUGCUUAUCCUCCUUCGACCAAGCAAGAGCUGGAAAAUCUGAAGAAAAAAUUGGAGGAACGAGCAGAUGAACCCAGGGAACUAGUGAUGAUCUUUUGCUACAGAAAGUUGUCCACGCAGCAGAAGAGCUGCCUGCAGUAUCUGACUGCUUUCCACAAUGAAAAAGUUAUCAGCAGGACAAGCAUGGUCAGACGAUGGGUCGCCGAAGGCCUCUUGGGUAAAGAACAUGAGAGGACCCCAGAAGAAGCAGGCGAGCGCUGUUUCAGUGAGCUUCUGUUUCGAGGCUUCGUUCGUCCUGUUGGCACUGGUGAUACGGGCACAGUCAAGAGCUGUGUAAUGGAUGAGUCAGUCAAGGACUUCAUUUUGAAAAUCGCGAAAAGCGAGAAUUUUGUGGCCGACAGCCUGCCGGCUCACCUCGACCGCCAGCUUCAGAUCCGAAAGAUAGUUCAACUGCCACGACCGGGGAAACAACAAGUGGAUCAUUGGAGGAACAUCCGCAACCUCUGCGGCGGUGGCACUUCAAGACUGGCACAGGAUGGCCCUGGAGCCAGCGACAGCACAUCAGCAUCAGAUGUCAAGGAUCCCAUGGACAUGCUGCUAGAGUUCCUGAAAUCGCUUCCUGAAAUAUAUCGGCUGAAUGUGCUGGAUCUAGGAGGUUGCAGAGGCCUGAAGAAGCGCCACCUGAAAAGCAUUUCCAAGGUGAUUUCGCUCAAGUAUUUGAGCCUUCGGGACACUGAUGUUUCCCGACUUCCGGCCCGUUAUAUCCAGGCGCUCAGGCUGUUGGAGACACUAGACAUUCGGGAAACAAAUGUAGAACCCAGCGACAUGAAGCACAUCUUUCUGCCCAAACUGAAACAUCUGCUCGCAGGCCGCCGCCUCAAGACAAGCGGUGGUACUGGUGACACCAGCACGGUCAUGACGUCGGCCGAGGUGUCGCUCUCCACUGUGGAGAUGCCUCGAAGAAUUGGGGGGAUGACGAACAUGGAGACACUAUGCCAUGUCCAAGUUUCCAACAACGGAACCGAGCUGGAAGGAGUUGUCAAACUUCAGCGGUUAAGGAAGCUCGGUUUGGUCGUCCAUGGCAAUGAUAAUACUACCAAAUAUCUGGGCCGAGUUAUAAAUGGGUUGGCUGAAUGCCUACGUUCCUUGUCAAUUUGGGUCACCGAUGGAGGUGCUCUCGACAUUUCCAUGCAACGGGUCACCUCCUUCUCGGCUUCUAGUUUGAUCCUUGAGAACCUAGAUAUCAAGGGAAAGACCAGCCUCCCUUCAUGGCUCCAAGAGCUCAGGAAACUUGCUAACAUCACUCUAAGUGACACCCAGUUGAAGGACGAAGAUCAACUAAGGCUUGGCAACCUCCAGGGCUUGCGUUGCCUCAGGAUCCGCCGCAACUCAUACAGUGAGCGCGUGGUCAACUUCAUGGAGGGCCAGUUCAAAGCUCUCAAGAUCCUCGCGAUCGAGGGCGACACCAUCACUAGAAUCGUCUUCGCAGCCGGUGCAGCUCCUAACCUCGAGAAGAUUGUUUGGACCUUCGGCAGGACGGAGAAGCAGGUCCCCAGUUCUGGACUCGAGCCCCUUGGUCAGGCCCCCAUUUCUGGAAUCGAGUACCUUGAGAACCUGAGAGUGGUCGAGAUCACAGGUGACGGCUUCGACCAGCAGCAGCUCUUGGAGUUAGACCGAGCUAUUGCAGCACAUCCAAACUUUCGUGAUAUCAAGUACUUGCGUGCACGUGAUGUUAUUGUCGCCGCAGAGUGAUUAGUUAAAGAAACGUCGUGGUGCUUCUGUUCGUGUCCUUGUGUGUGUGUGCUUGUAAUAAAACAUGCAUGCAUGCCCCUGCGCGCGGGUGCAUGCAGCGAUGCUGGCUAAUGCGUAUGUCCAGCUAAUGACUACCCUCGUGUGAGAUAUGUCAUGGUUUGUUGUUUGUUUAUAAUUUGAGAAACCAAUUUGAAAUC